AUGGCCGACAGUUUAUCACAUUCUCUGCUUUCGGUCCGCAUUCCUCCCCCGCCGACUCCCCACACCCCGUUACGAUCUCCGAAGCGUAAACCACAAAUUCUUUCGAACGAUCAAGAUCCCCUUCUAGCUGGCCUUUCUCCUGAAGCAAUCCUCGAUGCGCUCGCGGCAAUCAACGCAGUUCCCAAACAUGAACGACACGCUAAAGACAUUUUGGUCCAGUCCAUGUCUCAGGUCUCUCCUGACGAUAGGGCAAUCGGGGCUCGGGCAGCCAUAGCAGCUCAGAAACUGAAGGGCUGGUUGAGAGAGCUACAAGAAUGGCCAUGGCAAACAGGGAAAAGUGUCCCCAUAGGAAAAGGCUUUAUCCCCCCUACCGACUUCCUUAAUAACCAGGACUAUUACGGUAGUCUUCCGUUACCACUAGUCUCCAAAUACGAAAUUCGGAUAGAAGAAAUAAGGAAUGGUGUUGAUAAUUUGAAAAUUGAGGAGCUGAAAGAACACAUUAUCAGCGUUCACGUACCAGGUCGCUCCCGGCCAUCUUCCGCGAACAGUUCUAUGAGCUCUAUCUCAGCACCUCCGUUCACUUAUAUGCAACUGAGUGACUUCGCUACAGUCAUUACGGCAACCAUCCUUCGAGCACUUCCCACUUUAGCCCGACUUAAUAGACUUUUGGGUACCUGGAAGGUCCGGCUGCUUGUUGUAAGACAGGUCCCUAGCCUCCUAGAAUCAAUCGAUAUCGCACGAACAGCUCUGGAUUCUGCGUUGCAAUCGUUGGAGAGGACAGAUGAAGAGGAAUAUAUUUCCAUCAGUGUUGUUCAUUCAAAGAAGGAGAAACUUGGGCAGUCAAUCGCCAUGGCUGGUUUGAGGAUGGAUAUGAUACUUGAUGCGCUAGAGACUUGCGAGGACUCCCUCCCUGAGGCGUGGAUUGACCGGAUGGACUCUCUUGAGGCAGACUUUAUUGAUUGGGCUCAGAAUGCAGAGCGACUGGCAUUCGAACGAGAAUGGCGACGUUCUGAGUUACCAAAAGACCCGCAAGGGCAGCAAGAGAGUAAGGAAACUGUUACAUUGGCUGUUGCAGAAGAAAAUCCAGAAAUUCCCUGCCCAGAUAAAUCAGGAGACGGGUUAGAGGGCAACGACAGGAACGAAUCUACGAUUACGUCAACGGAGAACUUCAUCACAAUUUCAACCCACAUGAAGAACCAGAGUGAUGUGCUUACAAAGGCCACCAUCACUCCGAUAUUAGAAGACCCAGAUAAUUACUUGGUCCCUACAAAGGAGUUGGCUACUAAAUCCCCACCUAAGGACUUAAUCAUUAUGAAAGAUCCAAAAGAGAGUGUCUCUAUAACUACAGAUGAGACUAUGACUCAAUCCACUGCGUCUAGCACACAAGACACAAAUAAAAGUGCUAAUCCCAUUCCUGAAUCUUCCGGUGCCAUAUCAACAUCCGUGGAAGAGUCAACAGAGAGCUGUCUCCGUUUGAACUCAGAAGUUAGUCUCCAACCAGAGCAAUCCGAUGGUCAGACUAGUAUUGAUGACGCCAAGGCAACCCAAAAUACGGCUCUUAAUAUAACAGACUGCCAAGUCACAGAUUUUGGAGCCAAUAAAGCAACGAAUGCCCAAGUAACUCUUCAAUCAGAGCCUCUCGACCGAGUUCCUGAGCUCACAACUUUUGAUAUAUCAGAGAUCUCGCCAAUGCCAGUUGCAGAUGUACCAACUCCCAAAACCUCUGUUGACGUACAUUCAACAGCACUGCACUUGGCUAUGGAAAAUGAAGCCGGUACGCAGUCACAGCUUGCUUUAUUGGACACAACAAAUCAAGUCAUAUCCUCAUCUACGGUUCCUUUGCAUUCCGAGCUUCAGCUCUUACCUUUCGUCCCACAUGACGGUAUCUCUGCGGAGUCCGAGUCUAAAAAGCAUGAAGACGUCUCCAAUGAAGUAAUUCUAGAUAUUGACCGCGAUGCUCCUACACCUAAGUCGCCAAUCGACAUAUCAACACCACGACUUGCUCAGUCAAACAAUUCACACCCUGGUAUAGCCGUAUCAGAAGUUAUUGAAAAUUUUACAGGAUAUUCAUCAGACGAAAGCAACUCUAAAUCACCAUCUAACACUACGUCCGAUCAACCUAUUUUAGACCCACCUUCCAAUCAUACAAUGCUUGUGAAUCGAGAUGAGCCAAUUCAGUCGAUCGAGCUUGCUGAAAAUCAUUUUUUCGGCAACGAUGUAUCUCAAAAUACGGAGGAUAUUAAAUUAUCUCGUUCCAAGUCGCCUUCUAUUGAACCCAAGAAACCUUUUUUGACCCUUCACUCUUCACCCGGGCUUGUUAGCAAUGACAGUGAUCGUACCCUUCGGGAGAAGCUCUCACCCAAACUAGAUGAUUCCAUGCUACAAAAGCUACAAAUAUAUCAGCACAAUAACAACGCAAGUUUACCUCUGCAACGCUUUAUUGACGACGAGUCCGAUGCGAGUUAUUCAGCAGAUGAUAGUUACAGACAUAAUGCCUUCUCAACACCUGGAAGGCUGUCAGAUAUCCCGCAAUAUCUAAACAAAGACAUUAAAGACAGCCCAUUUCGCAAUGAUAGCGAGUCCCCACCACCUGAAGCAGUUCCUCGGCGAGCUUUAAGAGGGCCUAGCUCUAGCGUGAUGCGAGGCACCAUAUCGUCUCUGAACAAGGUCGUUGGGAGUGAUAAGAGACAUCAGUCUGAUUCGGUAGACACGGAAACCAUUAGCAGUCGACUUCAUCCACGAUAUAGAGCUUUGUCUUCUCAAAAUGCCCAUGUUUCGAAACCUGUUUCGUUAAACCGGAAGUCCUCGAACACUUCCCUGCUUACUCCCAGGACUCAUUUACAUAACCAACCAAGCAUGGAAAGCAUCGACUCUUUUGUUUCUGGUUCUGAUAUGGGAGAGACGUCAAGAAGAAAAUUUUCUUUCUCCACUGAUGGUGGAUCGUUCGCCAUGCGGCCAGUCAACGAGACUGAUAACGAUUUACACGAAAAAAUCCAUUCCAUUCUAACAGGCAUACCUGGUCAAAUUCGUCUCAGCAACAAUCCAACGACUGAUUUGGAUCAACAGUCAGUAGUAUCAUCCAUCUCGACGUCAAUGAAAAGCCGUUUAGGCUCGCGAUCUCCUUUUUCAACUCCAAGUCGAGCUGGUACCCCUACGCCUUCAGGGUCCUUUACUCCUACUUCUCGCCCCAGACGAGCAACUUCUCAUAAGAGUGAGGACAAGACGGUAAGAGUCUAUCAUUUGCACCAUCGUGGAAAACCACAGCCAACGAAACUUUUCGUACGUACUGUUGGCGAGGAUGGCGAGCGGGUCAUGGUCCGUGUCGGUGGUGGAUGGGCUGAUUUGCGCGAAUAUCUUCGCGAAUAUGUUAUACACCACAGCCGUCAAACACCUUCAAAGAGUCAAGUUGAGGUCAAAGGUCUACCUACAUUAUCGACAUCUCCCGGCUCUCCAAUGCCUCUAUCUAACGAAAACACUCCAAGUGUCCCACGCCCCACGUCAGUUAUGAGUAACAGGCCAGGGUCUUCUCUUUCCGUUCGCAAGACCAGACAACCUUCGAAACCCACCGAACUUCCAGCUCUUACGGCCGAAAACAUUGAUAUAGCUGCUGAUAACCUGCCUCUCCCAACCUUUCCUUCAGCUCGACGAAGUUCGGUUUCUUCUAUUAACUCAGUCAGCAUGUCCUCUAUUCUUGGUGAUGGCUCAAGCGUCUACUCUCCGCACCCGGGGUCUGCUAGAACUCAUCAUUCUCAGUCUACUACGCCUCUUGGUCUUGCUGGGCCCAAUCCACGAACUAGACUUGUGUCGAUGACUCCUGAGAGCGAAGCCUGGGUGGAAAAUGUCGUUGGUCAGGCGCGACGAACUUCAUCCAAUGUCAAGCAAACACCAAAACAAACGGAUCCUCGCCUAGACCGUGAACAACACAGUUCCUCGAGAAUGAGUAUCCGUAGUGUCAGUGACAUUGGUGCAGCUGGUCGUAACAAGCGUGUCAUGUUGAAGGGCCUCGGAGCUCACGAGCAAUCAUAA